AUGUUUGUGGUGGUGGGUGUGAGGAGACUCCCACCACCGCCUUCCGCCUCUGCACAACUCCCACCAAACCACCGCCCACCACCGCCUUCCGCCUCUGUUUGGGGCCACCGGCCUCAACUCGUCUGGAGGAGACCAGGACCUCCGCCGCUCACGGCGGCGCUGCUCAUUUUCCUCUUCAACGCAGGUGGUGGCGGUGGUUCUUCAGCUUGUAACGGGGGAUGGGGGGCUAUUCCUAAAAAAAACAAUAAAUCACUUUUAAACUUUUCAUUUUACCAACUUACCAUUUCCCACCAACCUCUUCCUCUUCUCUAUGCACCAGUUAAGUUUUCAAAAUACAUUCUCAAUUCCCACUCUUCCUCUUCUCUAUUACGAUUGUCCUACAUCAAAACCCUACACCUCUUCCUCUUCUCUACAUUACGAUUGCAGGCUCGCUCGUUUGGUCGCCGCUCGUUUGCUCGCCGCUCGUUUGCUCGCCGGGGCUCGUUCCCAUCGGUGGUCUUGUAUCCCAUAAUCUACAGGGGCACGUUUGCAUUUGAAUCACAAGAUGGGGUCGAGGUUUCUAAAAUAAGAUGUCCAUGUGGCAAAUGCCAAAUUCAUCGUUUCAAGAAGAGAUUUGAGGUUGUUGGUGAUCUUUUCAAAAAGGGAUUCAUGGAUAACUAUAAGGCUCAAGUUAUGCGAACCUGAAUGGUUGAUCUUGAAGCUCGGGUUCAAGAAGAAAGGAAUCUACUUGUAUCUCCUCUUGAAGAAGAAAUGGAUCUACUUGCAACUCGUCUUGACGAUGAAAGGGAAGCAAGGGAAGAACUUCAAAAACAACUUCAAGAGUUUAUGAAGAAUUAGCGUUCUCCCUCUAAUUAGUUCUAGUUUUUGAUAUCUUUUUGGAAUUACGUUGAAUUGUAUUAGCUUACGGUUUAAACAUAUUGGAACUUGCGUUGUAACGCAUGAUUUUUGAAUUUAUGUCAUUGUAAGUUCAGUGAA